CCCCCUAAGCCCCGCCUCCACGUUUCCAUGCAUUGGCGCGCUUCGCCUCUGUGACUGGCUCCCUGCUCCUCCCCGGGUGGCGGUGACUCUGUAGUGGGCUGCGGGUGAACACACAGCAGGCAUGAGUGCGGCGGGUAGUGCUCGGUCCGGUUCGGCCGCUGGCCCGGUCCAACAGGGGCUAAAAGAGGCUCUAAUCGAGACACUGAAGGCCAUCCUGUCCCCGGUUCAAGAAGUGCGCGCUGCUGCGGAGGAGCAGAUCAAAGUGCUGGAAGUGACAGAGGAGUUUGGUGUCCAUCUGGCAGAACUCACAGUUGAUCCUCAGGGAGCGCUCGCAAUCCGUCAGUUAGCAUCAGUCAUCCUGAAGCAGUAUGUGGAGACUCACUGGUGUUCCCACUCAGAGAAAUUUAGACCUCCUGAAACUUCCGAUCAGGCUAAAGCCGCCAUCAGGGUGCUGCUGCCCAGCGGUCUGCGGGAGGCCAUCAGCAAGGUCCGCUCCAGUGUAGCGUACGCCGUGUCGGCCAUCGCCCACUGGGACUGGCCCGAGGCCUGGCCGCAGCUGCUCACCCUCCUGAUGGAGAUGCUGGUCAGUGGAAACGUCAACGCUGUGCACGGGGCCAUGAGGGUCCUAACAGAGUUUACUCGGGAGGUGACUGACACACAGAUGCCGCUGGUGGCUCCUGUCAUCUUACCUGAAAUGUACAAGAUCUUCACCAUGGCAGAGGUGUACAGUAUUCGUACCCGAUCCAGAGCCGUGGAGAUAUUCACCACCUGUGCCAACCUCAUCUGUGCUAUUGAAGAGCAUGAGAAGGGUGCAGCCAAAGCGUUGAUCUUCCCCGUGGUGCAGCAGUUCACUGAAGCGUUUGUGCACGCUCUACAGAUGCCUGAGGGACCCUUGUCUGAUAGCGGUCUCAAGAUGGAAGUCCUAAAGGCAGUAACUGCGUUGGUGAACAAUUUCCCCAAACCCAUGGUGUCCUCCAUGCAGCAGAUUCUACCCAUCGUCUGGAACACACUGACUGAAAGUGCAGCUUUCUAUGUGAGAACAGAAGUCAACUACACAGAGGAAGUGGAUGACCCUGUAGACUCUGAUGGUGAAGUUUUGGGCUUUGAGAAUCUGGUGUUCAGUAUCUUUGACUUUGUCCACACGCUGCUGGAAAACCACAAGUUUAAAAGCACAGUGAAGAAAGCGCUGCCGGAACUCAUCUACUACGUCAUCCUGUACAUGCAGAUCACUGAGGACCAGAUCAAAGCGUGGACGGCAAAUCCCCAGCAGUUUGUAGAGGAUGAGGAUGAUGACACCUUCUCCUACUCUGUCAGGAUAUCUGCUCAGGACCUGCUGCUGGCUGUUGCUGCAGAGUUUCAGAAUGAGAGUGCAGCAGCUCUGGCAGCGGCAGCAACCAGACAUCUCCAGGAGGCCGAGCAGGCCAAAAACAGCGGCAAUGAGCACUGGUGGAAGAUCCAUGAGGCCUGCAUGUUGGCCCUCGGCUCUGUAAAAACCAUCAUCACAGAGAACGUGAAGAACGGUCGUAUCCAGUUUGACAUGCACGGUUUCUUGGCUGGUGUUAUUCUCGCCGAUCUUAACUUGGCAGCGGCGUCUCCGUUCCUCCUGGGCCGGGCUCUGUGGGCGGCCAGUCGCUUCACGGCUGCCAUGUCUCCGGAGCUCAUCCAGCAGUUCCUGCAGGCCACCGUCAGCGGUCUGCACGACAGCCAGCCGCCCUCCGUACGCAUCUCCGGGGUCAGGGCCAUCUGGGGGUACUGUGAUCAGCUGAAGCUGUCGGAGAGCACCCAUGUCCUGCAGCCCUUCCUCCCCAGCAUCCUCGAAGGACUCAUCCAACUGGCCGCCCAGUUCAGCUCAGAGGUUCUCACCCUCGUCAUGGAAACCCUGUGCAUCGUCUGCACCGUGGACCCCACCUUCACCACCAACGCAGAGAACAAGAUCUGCCCCCUCACCAUUGCUAUUUUCCUGAAAUACAACAACGACCCUGUGGUGGCGUCCCUGGCUCAGGACAUCUUUAAGGAGCUGGCACAGAUCGAGGGCUGCCAGGGCCCCAUGCAGAUGCGUCUCAUCCCCACGCUGAUCAGCAUCAUGCACGCUCCCACCGAUAAGAUCCCCUCUGGACUCUGUGCUUCGUCCAUCGACAUCCUGACCACAGUGGUCCGAAACACCAAAGCCCCUCUCUCAGAGCUGCUGGUGUGCCAGGCUUUCCCUGUGGUGGCUCAGUGCACCUUACGCACUGACGACAACACGAUAAUGCAGAACGGAGGCGAGUGUUUGCGGGCGUACGUCUCCGUGGCCCUGGAGCAGAUCGCUCAGUGGAGGGACGAGCAAGGCAACAGCGGCCUCUGGUACGUCAUGCAGGCGGUCAACCAGCUGCUGGAUCCCCGCACCUCGGAGUUCACGGCCGCCUUCGUGGGCCGGUUGGUUUCCACUCUGAUCUCUCGGGCGGGAACCCAGCUCGGGGAACAGCUGGACCAGAUCCUGAGAGCCAUUCUGAGCAAGAUGCAGCAAGCGGAGACUCUGAGUGUCAUGCAGUCUCUUAUCAUGGUGUUUGCCAACCUGGUGCACUCCCAGCUGGAGCCUCUGUUGGAGUUCCUGUGCAGUCUGCCCGGCCCCACGGGGAAACCUGCCCUGGAGUUUGUCAUGACGGAGUGGAUGAGCAGGCAGCACCUCUUCUAUGGACAGUACGAGGGCAAAGUCAGCACGGUGGCUCUCUGUAAGCUCCUUCAGCACGGUCUCAACAGUGACGACAAACGCCUCCAGGACAUCGUGGUGAAGGGGGAAGAGAUCUACAGCCAUGAAGACGGCAUCCGCACACGCUCCAAAUCUGCCAAGAACCCAGAGCGCUGGACCAACAUUCCUUUGCUAGUGAAAAUCUUUAAAUUGAUCAUCAAUGAGCUGUCGACGGUCGUGGAGGCAAACUCCAGCAGGACGAACGCAGCCGACUGGAGUCAAGAUUCCAGUGGUAUGUGGGAGGAAGAUGAAGAGGGCGACGAUGAUGAUGAUGAGGAUGAAGGGGUGGCAGGGCAGCUGCUUUCUGAUCUCAUCGCCUCCAACAAAUACGAUGAUGAUUAUUACGAGGAUGAUGAUGAGGAUGAUCCAGAUGCCUUAAAGGACCCCAUAUAUCAGAUUGAUUUGCAGGUACGCAGACUCUUAAUCUUUUGGUUCCACGAAUGA